GGGGAGAUUCUUGGCGACCCAGAAGACCAUGCCCUACCUGAAAGCCCAGCGUGAAGACCUGAAGGACCUGUCCUAACAGAGCCUUGGCAGCUGCCUGGCGAUUUCUCCUUCGGCCCCUCUCUGCAUAAGCAGCUCAACAUGAGGCACAGUCUCCCGUUGACCUUCAUGUGCCUGAGUCUCUUCACUGGAAGGAUGUGCACCCAGGGGAAUCAGUUUAACAUCGAGGUCAGCAGAAGAGACAAGCUGUCCCUGCCUGGCUUCGAGAAUCUCACAGCAGGAUAUAACAAGUUUCUCAGGCCCAAUUUUGGCGGGGAACCUGUUCAGAUAGCACUGACUCUGGACAUUGCAAGUAUAUCCAGUAUUUCAGAGAGUAACAUGGACUACACAGCCACCAUAUACCUCAGACAGCGCUGGACGGACCAGCGGCUGGUGUUCGAAGGCAACAAGAGCUUCACUCUGGAUGCACGCCUAGUGGAGCACCUCUGGGUGCCAGACACUUACAUUGUGGAAUCCAAAAAGUCCUUCCUCCAUGAAGUCACUGUGGGAAACAGGCUCAUCCGCCUCUUCUCCAAUGGCACAGUCCUCUAUGCUCUCAGAAUCACAACAACUGUUGCAUGUAACAUGGACCUGUCUAAAUACCCCAUGGACACACAGACAUGCAAGCUGCAACUAGAAAGCUGGGGCUACGAUGGGAACGACGUGGAGUUCAGCUGGCUGAGAGGGAACGACUCUGUGCGCGGGCUGGAAAACCUGCGGCUUGCUCAGUAUACCAUACAACAGUAUUUCACCUUAGUUACCACAUCACAGCAGGAAACAGGAAAUUAUAUACGAUUGGUCCUGCAGUUUGAGCUUCAGAGGAAUGUCCUGUAUUUCAUUUUGGAAACCUACGUCCCUUCCACCUUCCUGGUGGUGUUAUCCUGGGUUUCGUUUUGGAUCUCCCUUGAUUCAGUUCCUGCAAGAACCUGCAUUGGAGUGACCACCGUAUUGUCAAUGACCACACUGAUGAUUGGGUCCCGCACUUCUCUUCCGAACACUAACUGCUUCAUAAAGGCAAUCGAUGUGUACCUGGGCAUCUGCUUUAGCUUCGUGUUUGGCGCCCUCCUGGAAUAUGCAGUUGCCCACUACAGCUCCUUACAGCAGAUGGCAGCCAAAGAUAGGGGGAAAGCAAAAGAAGUGGAAGCAGUCAACAUUACUAACAUCAUCAACAGCUCCAUCUCCAGCUUUAAACGGAAGAUCAGUUUUGCCAGCAAUGAAACUUCCGGUGAUAACGUUGACUACAGCGACUUGACAAUGAAAACCAGUGACAAGUUCAAGUUUGUCUUCCGAGAUAAGAUGGGCAGGAUUGUUGAUUAUUUCACAAUUCAAAACCCCAGUAAUGUUGAUCGAUAUUCCAAACUACUAUUUCCUUUGAUUUUUAUGCUAACCAAUGUAUUUUACUGGGCAUACUAUAUGUAUUUUUGAGAGUAUGUUGAACUGUUUGCAUGCCAUACAUAGGUCUUCAACAAAACAAAGUAAUGAUGUAAAUGAUAUUCUAAGCCAAGUGUGCACCCUAACCCAAUGGUCCCAGAAGCGACUAAAAUAACAUUUGAGCAUUUCUCCUCAAAGAAUGGACCCCCCUCAACCAUUAUUUAAACUAUGUAGAAGUCCUAGGAUUACAGAGACUUUUAAUAGAAACAUCAACCCAUUCCUUUUUUAUUUUUAUGAAAGACAUCCCCAUGGAGCCUAAGAUUACAGACCUACUCAGGAAUGACUGCCCAGUGGCUCCCUGGUCUGCAUUUAACUCAGAUAAAAAACAGAAAGGAAGCUAUUACAGGUAUUGAGUCAAGUGUCAGAGGUUGUUUCUAAAUUAAUCACACAUGCUCUUUACUAAAUCUCUACAGAGCUUAUAAAAUACAUCGUUGCAUAUUUAGGCAGUAACAUUUUCUAGUUUUUUGGUUUUGAUUAAAAUUAAAUUUGGGCUUAAGUAAAUUCACUGGAAGCUAGUGCACUAAAUACCAAGAUGAGUUUUUAAUAUAGUAUUUAAUGCCACAGCUGAACUCUCCCUAUAUUCCAGUAAGUCCUACCAUUGAAAAAUCAAAUAUAAGUGAAGAAAAAUUUAGUGGAUCAAUAACCUCAAACAAAAAUCUCUUGUUUCUAAGAUAUAAUGGAUUUCCCAAACUGGGAGAGCUCUAGGGCUUUAUUCUCCCAUUUGACAUGUCUUAUCAUUUUACUAUUACAUGGAAGCCAGUUCUAAACAAUGCUGAAGCCCUUUCCUCCUAUCAUAGGAAGAAAUGGAGGAAAUUAAAAAAAAAAACUUAUUCUAAGAGUCUUUGUACAGACUAUUGUCAUGAAGCCUUGUAGAAUCAAGUCCGACUCUAUCUGCUACUCUGACGCUGAGCAACACAUUGCCAGCAGCAGAUCCCUUGCAUCCUUCCAAGAGGAGCUUUUAUCCCUAUGCUCUAAUGAUCAGGAAUGAUGUUUAUGAGAUACUGAGCUGCAUUACCCAGAAACAAGUGGCUUCUCACAAGUCAACUUGGCCUUGCUCAGAUACCUAAUCUUUCUAGCUGGACUACUUUGAGUAGCUUAUCCUACAUGAGUAGGAGAAUGUUGAUCCUGGGUCCUAAGCUUUCUGAGUAACGGUGGGACUUGUUACAAAACCUACAUUUCCAAGUCCAGCCACUCUCACCCUACCAUAAGAAGUACCUUAUGUGCAUCUCUGCCACUUGGCCAAGCUCAGCCAAUGGUAUCAUGAAAAAGGCUUUUGCUUCAGGCUCAAUCUUUUAAAAGAAUCUUGCCAUCUUUAAUCUUUAGCUUCCUUUUCUAAUAAAUGUAUCCCUUUACAUUUCCUUUCAGAAAUAAACUAUGCCUUUGCAAGAUCAUGUCUCUUCUAUAAUCCCCUGUACCAUAGGCUCUCAUUCUUUCCGCCUUUAUGAUACUUCUCACAAUUCAGUUUCUAUGGGUUUGAUCACCUGAGCUUUUAACAAAAUGUUUCUGAUGGGAAUGGGAGAACUAAAGGGGGUAGAAUGUGACUAUAUGGUUCAAUCACAUUUGUGAUUGUUUUAAAAAAGGAUUGAAAGGA